UCUCACUCUCUCUCUCUCCCUCUGCUUCUUCUUUACACUUCACUUCACUUCACUUCUUCUUUACACUUCACUUCAUUUCUUAUUUCCAACUUCCGUCGGAACUCGUCGGUCCUUUUCUCCGAUCUCUGUUCCAUAAUUUGGGUUUCUCCAUAGCCUUCAGAUUCUUUCUGUUUCUGUUUUUCAUUUUGGUCCACCGGCGGGUAACUAAAGCUCCGAAUUGUUGGUGGGUUUCUUCUGAACUUCCAGAUCUCGUCUUCGAGCCACUUCCUUCGUCCUUUUAAGGACUGAGUUGCAAUGUCGCUUCGAAAUCUGGUUAUGUUGCUGCUGAUGGUGAUUUUUGUUCACCAGGCGGUGUCGAUUACGUUCACAUCGAGGAUACUUCACAGGUUCUCUGAGGAAAUGAAGGCCCUUAGGGUUUCAGUGAGUACGAAUACGAGUGUACGAGUAUCAUGGCCUGAGAAGGGGAGUAUGGAGUAUUAUCAGGAGCUUGUUAGUGGUGACUUUCGAAGGCAGAAGAUGAAGCUUGGUUCUCGGUUUCAGUUGCUUUUCCCGUCUGAAGGAAGUAAAACCAUUGCGCUGGGAAAUGAUUUUGGCUGGUUGCAUUACACCUGGAUCGAUAUCGGGACACCGAGUGUUUCAUUUCUGGUUGCAUUGGAUGCUGGAAGUGAUCUACUUUGGGUUCCUUGUAAUUGCAUACAAUGUGCUCCCUUGUCUGCAAGUUACUAUGGCAGUCUGGUGCUCCUGCUCCCUCAUGUUUGGGGCAUUAUUUAUAAUGCAGGAUAAAGAUCUCAAUGAAUACCGUCCAUCCAGUUCAAGCACGAGCAAACAUAUAUCUUGCAGCCAUAAUUUGUGCGAUUCAGGCCAAAGCUGCCAAAGUCCGAAGCAGUCAUGUCCUUAUGUUAUUGACUACAUUACUGAAAAUACUUCAAGUUCAGGACUACUAAUUCAGGAUGUGUUGCAUCUUUCAUCCGGUUGUGAGAAUUCAUCUAAUUGUACGAUUCAGGCUCCUGUCAUUUUAGGGUGUGGUAUGAAACAAAGUGGUGGUUAUCUAAGUGGAGUCGCUCCAGAUGGUCUUUUUGGAUUGGGGUUAGGAGAAAUUUCUGUUCUUAGUUCUCUUGCGAAAGAAGAAUUGGUGCAGAAUUCCUUCUCGCUGUGUUUUAAUGAGGAUGGAUCUGGAAGGAUUUUUUUUGGGGACGAGGGACCUGCAAGUCAGCAAAUGACUUCAUUUGUGCCAUUAGAUGGGAAAUAUGAAACCUACAUUGUUGGGGUGGAAGCAUGUUGUAUUGAGAAUUCGUGCCUCAAGCAGACAAGUUUUAAAGCAUUGAUAGAUAGUGGGACAUCGUUUACAUAUCUUCCAGAGGAAGCAUAUGAAAAUAUUGUGAUGGAGUUUGAUAAAAGGUUAAACACUACAAGUGCCGUCUCCUUUAAAGGAUAUCCAUGGAAGUAUUGCUAUAAGAUCAGUGAAGACGCAAUGCCAAAGGUUCCAUCAGUGACAUUGUUGUUCCCACUAAACAAUAGUUUUGUGGUUCAUGAUCCUGUGUUCCCUAUCUAUGGCGAUCAGGGGUUAGCUGGAUUUUGUUUUGCUAUACUACCUGCUGAUGGAGAUAUCGGAAUAUUGGGACAAAAUUACAUGACUGGAUACCGGAUGGUAUUUGAUAGGGAUAAUUUGAAGUUGGGUUGGUCACACGCAAAUUGUCAAGAUCUCAGUAACGAAAAGAAAAUGCCUCUUACUCCUGCAAAAGAGACACCGCCAAACCCAUUACCAGCCAAUGAGCAGCAGAGCGCUUCAGGGGGGCACGCGGUGGCUCCUGCCGUAGCUGGAAGGGCCCCCUCUAAACCAUCAGCUGCUACCCCAUGCUUCAUCCCAUCCAAAUUUUAUUCAAUCAGAUUGCCGUACCUGCUUCUUCUGGCACUCUGCCUUGUUUCUUCUUGCGUGUGAUGUAGAUUCUGAGCUUUAUCUAAGUUUUACAUGUAAAUGAAGGUCGUCUCUUUAUAUCUAUCUUCCCCCAGCAAGGGCGACAUGUAGAUCUUGUGUCCUUGCAAGUUCCAUCAAUGGCAUUUUCCUUCUUUUCUUUCUUUUUUUCUUAAUAUUUUUUUGGGCAUUAUAUGAGCCAUCCAAUGGGGGUUGAUGAUAGUAGUUGCAUUUUUGGUUAUGUAGCUAUACAUUCUUCUAUCUAUAUGUUUUCCUUUUCUGAUAUAUAUUACUGUUACUUUACUA